GACGUAACGACAAUGGCUUUUUUCGUGCAUAAUUCAAAACAAAAAAUGGAGUUUGACUUUUCUCCGGUUUUUACCUGAUCAUCAUCUUCCAGAGCCUCUCUACUUUACUGUUGUCUCUUUUUAAGGUAUAGGAUUCUCCUUCUUCAUUCAUCCUCCAAAGACUGAAACAAAUGGGAGCAGAGGAAGAACAGUAUCUUCCCACUCUGCUAUCCCUCUUCGAUUCUUUCUGGUUCGAACACCAAAUUCUCACCUCAAGAAACUCAGCCGCAGCAACAAAGCCCCAAGAAGGGAGUCCCAAAAACAAGAUUUCAAGAAUCCCAACUUCCAUGCCCAGAUCUCUCAGUGACAAAUGUUUGAGCUCCAAGGACUGCUUAGAUUCAGAGGAGCCCUCCCCCAUGUCUGUUCUCCUCGAGCCCAAACAGCUCCAGCCCAUUCUUUCCGGCAAGGAGUUUUCCGGGAACACUGAUCUGGGCUUCAAGAACAGAGAGAGUUGCCGGAGGGGGACGAUGGUGAUGAAGAGGAAGAACAGUAAGAGCUUGUCAGAUCUUGAGUUUAAGGAGCUAAAAGGGUUUAUGGAUCUUGGGUUUGUGUUCUCGGACGAAGAUAGAGAAUCGGAGCUGGUUUCCAUCAUCCCUGGACUGCAGAAGAAGGGGGUUUCUGAAUCUGGGCAGAUUUCAGAUGUUUCAAGACCAUACCUUUCUGAAGCUUGGGAUGCUAUGGAGGAGGAGGAGAAGGAGAGGGAUAUUGGGAGUGGAUUGGGGAACUGGAGGGCUCCAGCUUUUGGCAAUGAAAUGGAAAUCAAAAAACAUCUCAGAUUCUGGGCUUAUGCUGUUGCUUCUAAUGUUAGAUAACACAGUCCAGUCCAGACCUGUGAUGAAUGGUUAUGUCCUAAUCCACAAAGAGAUGUACUGUUCUUGUUUGUAUUAUAGAAUUCCUACCCAAUUCGUUUAAUGUGAAAAGCCAAUCUUCCUUGAUAUGGUUGUUUACUCUGCGUUUGCUAAUUUACUCUGUGCCUGCUGCUAUACAAAGAGAUGAUGAUUCAAGGCUGUUUGAUUUGUGGGAAAGAUGCUGGUCAUGAUCACUAUUAUUGGAUUUUAAGAGGGUUGACAUAACACAAAACUAGGGCUCUGACAAUUUCAACCUCAAAAGUAGUCCCUAUUUGUGAAGGAACUGAUUCAACCAAAAGUUCAAGCUUGUGCUUGGAUCCUAAAAAGAUGUUUAUAUAUUCUAACACGCCUCUCAGCGGUUAAAUUUUAUGCAUUCUUUACAUGAUUGUGUCGCUCAAACGCUCCGUGACAGCAGUGUGGCGGCAAGCGGGUAAUGAUGGAUGUGUGACUGGGGUGGUGGUGAUCGUAACGACAGAAAGUGCCCCUUAGAGUAAUUUACUUUAAAUUUUAGACGUUCCCGAAGUUAUCUUUGUAAAUGUGGGUCCCUUGAAUUCUUACUAAAAAAUCGAGGUUACCUUU